ACUGCCGUUGGGUGUAUCCAGCGCACCCGCACAGCGCCUAGGCCAUAGAGGUGCUCACUGAGUUUGUUGAAUUUAAACAAUCAACCCGCAGGGUUUCCAGGCUGUAGCCUGGCAUUCUCCUCCGUAACUUGCAUGGCCCUGUGGCUUUUGUGUGUCACUUAGCCUCUCCGGGCCUCGGGGGGAGUCACGGCGUCCUGAGCCAGCGCAGAGCCCACCACAAACGCCCCGAGGGCCCUCCUCCGCUUCCUGGAAGGUAUCUGAGGGCAAGGAUUACUUUUGUAACUAAAUCUCGGAUUUGCUCCACAAAGCACAAUGUCUCGUUCACGACAGCCCCCGCUUGUGACAGGCAUCUCUCCAAAUGAAGGCAUACCGUGGACCAAGGUCACAAUUAGAGGAGAAAACCUGGGGACCGGCCCAACUGACCUCAUAGGUUUGACAAUUUGUGGACAUAAUUGCCUCCUGACAGCAGAAUGGAUGUCUGCAAGUAAAAUAGUAUGUCGAGUGGGACAAGCCAAAAAUGACAAAGGAGACAUAAUUGUCACAACGAAGUCAGGUGGCAAAGGAACCUCAACAGUCUCUUUCAAGCUACUCAAACCUGAAAAAAUAGGUAUUUUGGACCAGUCUGCUGUGUGGGUUGAUGAAAUUAAUUAUUAUGACAUGCGGACUGACAGGAAUAAAGGAAUUCCUCCCUUGUCCCUACGUCCUGCUAAUCCACUUGGCAUUGAGAUUGAAAAAAGUAAAUUUCCCCAGAAGGACUUGGAGAUGCUGUUCCCCGGAAUGAGUGCUGACUUCACAAGUGAGAAUUUUUCAGCUGCCUGGUAUCUCAUAGAGAACCACUCAACCACCAGUUUUGAACAGCUCAAAAUGGCAGUCACCCAUCUGAAGAGACAGGCUAACAAGAAGAGUGAGGGCAGCCUGGCAUAUGUGAAGGGGGGUCUUAGUACUUUCUUUGAAGCCCAGGAUGCUCUUUCAGCCAUCCAUCAAAAACUAGAAGCGGAUGGAACAGAAAAAGUAGAAGGAUCUAUGACGCAAAAACUGGAGAAUGUUCUGAACAGGGCAAGCAAUACUGCAGACACAUUAUUUCAAGAAGUGUUAGGUCGAAAGGACAAAGCAGAUUCCACUAGAAAUGCACUCAAUGUGCUCCAGCGAUUUAAGUUUCUUUUCAACCUUCCUCUAAAUAUUGAAAGGAAUAUCCAAAAGGGUGAUUAUGAUGUGGUUAUUAAUGAUUAUGAAAAGGCCAAGUCACUCUUUGGGAAAACGGAGGUGCAAGUUUUCAAGAAAUAUUAUGCUGAAGUAGAAACACGGAUUGAAGCUUUAAGAGAAUUGCUUCUGGAUAAAUUGCUUGAGACACCAUCGACGUUACAUGACCAAAAACGUUAUAUAAGGUACCUGUCUGACCUUCACGCGCCGGGCGACCCUGCAUGGCAGUGCAUCGGAGCUCAGCACAGCUGGAUCCUGCAGCGCAUGCACAGCUGCAAAGAGGCCUGCGUGCAAGACCUGAAAGGUCCUCCAGGCCUUCACAGUCCCAUGCUGGAUCUGGACAGCGACACACAUCCCUCAGUGCUGGCUCAUCUGAGUCAGACAGCAUCACUGAAGAGGGGCAGCAGCUUUCAGUCCGGUCGAGAUGAUACAUGGAGAUACAAAACUCCCCACCGGGUGGCAUUUGUUGAAAAAUUGACCAAGCUUGUUUUAAGUCAGCUGCCUAACUUCUGGAAACUCUGGAUUUCAUAUGUUAAUGGAAGCCUUUUCAGUGAGACUGCUGAGAAGUCAGGCCAGAUUGAAAGAUCAAAGAAUGUAAGGCAAAGACAAAAUGAUUUUAAGAAAAUGAUUCAGGAAGUCAUGCACUGUCUUGUGAAGCUGGUCCGUGGAGCACUGCUCCCACUUAGCAUCCCCGAGGGGGUGGUGAGGCAGUACGGAGGCUGGGAGGUGAAGUCCGAGCUCUCUGGACAGUGGCUCACUCAUGUCAUCCAGACUAUGAGGCUUACUUAUGAAUCAUUGACCGCCCUAGAAAUUCCUAAUGACAUGUUACAGACUAUCCAGGAUCUCAUUUUGGAUCUCCGAGUACGUUGUGUGAUGGUCACACUACAGAGCACAGCAGAAGAAAUAAAGAGAUUAGCUGAAAAGGAAGACUGGAUUGUCGAUAAUGAAGGACUGACUUCUCUACCAUGUCAGUUUGAACAGUGCAUUGUACAUUCUCUGCAGUCACUUAAAGGAGUUCUCGACUGCAAGCCUGGAGAAGCCAAUGUCUUUCAACAACCUAAAACACAGGAGGAGGUGUGCCAGUUGAGCAUCAGUAUCAUGCAGAUUUUUAUAUAUUGUCUGGAACAAUUGAGCACCAAACCUGAUGCAGAUGUAGAUAUUGCACAUCUUUCUGUUGAUGUUUCUUCUCCCGAUUUGUUUGGAAGUAUCCAUGAAGACUUCAGUUUGACUUCUGAACAGCAACUUUUGAUAGUCCUAAGUAAUUGCUGCUACCUGGAACGUCACACCUUCCUAAAUAUAGCAGAACAUUUUGAAAAGCACAACUUCCAGGGAAUAGAAAAAAUAACACAGGUUAGCAUGGCCUCAUUGAAAGAAUUAGAUCAAAGACUCUUUGAGAGUUACAUUGAGUUGAAAGCAGAUCCCAUUGUUGGCUCCUUAGAACCUGGAAUUUACGCAGGCUAUUUUGACUGGAAAGACUGCCUGCCUCCAACAGGUGUCAGAAACUAUUUAAAAGAAGCAUUGGUGAAUAUAAUUGCAGUGCAUGCAGAGGUGUUUACUGUUUCCAAAGAACUGGUGCCUCGGGUCCUAUCCAAGGUAGUGGAAGCAGUUUCUGAAGAGCUAAGUCGACUUAUGCAGUGUGUUUCAUCCUUCAGCAAAAAUGGAGCAUUACAGGCAAGACUUGAAAUCUGUGCUUUGAGGGACACUGUGGCUGCUUACCUGACACCCGAGAGCAGGUCUAGUUUUAAACAGGCUUUGGAAGCCCUGCCUCAGCUUUCCAGCGGAGCAGACAAAAAGUUGCUGGAGGAGCUGCUGAACAAGUUCAAGAGUGGCCUGCACCUGCAACUCACCUGUUUCCAAGCUGCUGCUUCAACUGUGAUGAAAACAUAAUCCCUCCAAAAUCAGGGCAGUCUGAAGACAACGAGUAAUAGAUACUCACUUCCUUAAGUGCCCUUCAGGGGUUUGUACAUAAACCUUUGAGUUCUCAAUUUCUCUCUCUCUCUCUUUGCCCCCUGAAUUGGUAGCUUAGAAAGAUGUUGGUAGAUGUUUUAUUUCAACCCAAAUAAUCUUAGUUGAAAUGCCCAAGAAGUGUUUGUCUUCUCAAUUUUAUUACGUUAGGUCUGUAUGGCUUUAAAAUACUUUAAAUAAAUACAUUUUUUUCUUAGCUAAAUGUUUCAUGAUGAAUGCCACAGGAAGAGUUACUUUUUCGGAGAGUGUUUUUGACGUGGCAUGUGAUGUAUACUAAAGCAUUUUACAGUGUCUCAUUUAUUAGAAUUUUAGUGUCGGCAGCUUCCAAGACACGUGGACAGACAUAAGAAGAGAUUUGGAAAGCUAUAUUUAGACAUCCUUGGAGCUUUAACUCUCCUAAGCUGUACAGCUGUGCUUAAAAACUUUAUUUCAUACAAAUUGCUCUAACUCUCCUAAUUCAAGCAGAUUUUUUUUAAAAAUUGUGGUCUGCAUAAAAAAAUGUUAUAUAUGGGGUAGAUUAUUUGUAGUCCAGAUGUCCUUAAGUUACCUUUGCAUUUCGCUGCCUAAUUUUUAUUUUUCACAGUUUUAAACAUUAAGCGUCUCUUCAUGGUAGCUUUCUAUUUUGUCGCACCCACUAUUAAUUUUAAGUGUCACUUCCUGUGGCUGUGUGCCUGUCCCAGAGGCCCUUAGCCCCACUUGUUGGAGCCUGGAUGCCCGUAGGUACUGUGAGCACAACUGCAGGGUCUUAAAGAGCCAGCCCAUCCAGGGCGGUCCACUCCUUUCCCUCUGGCAGUUCCUUUUCUCUCUACUUCUUAGCCUUGCUCAGUAGCUAAGAGAAGGCUGCUCUAGCAGAGUCCAUGUUUUCUGAAGAUUCAAAGACGCUCCGCAGUCACUAGGUGGUAGUAGGAGCACUGCCGUUUGUCUGGGUCACAGGGAGAUCUCAAAGUCAGCUUCCCCCACCUAACUUCAUCAUACAGUUUGCUUCAGAAAACUGAGUGAUUCUCUAUUUUAGUCUACUUGUCCGGGUUUUCAAGUUUUUCUAUGGGUGUCACAGAAUCCCCCUUUUUAAUGCUAAAAUUAAUCUUAAUAAUAAAUGUAAUUUUAGAGUACAGUAUAACCGUAUACAGUAUUCAUUAUUUGAAAUAAGUCAGUGUUGUGUUUGUUCAUUUAGUGUAUGGGGGGAAUCAUAGUACCAGAGUGAAGUUUAAUCUUUUACAAAUGUACUCAAUAACGCUUACUAAGAAAUGCACGGAAUAUUGCCUCUCCUAAGCAUGUUAACCAUUGUAUCUAAUAUGCGAAAUAAAUUACAAAAAUGCAAUCCUAUUUGUGUUAUUUUAAAUAUCUAGUAUGGAGCAUUCAGCCAAGAAUGUGUCUUGAUGUGUGCAAGAUGUAAUUUAGUUGACAUUUCCCCUAAGCAUCUUUAUUUCAACAUUUUUAUUUGCUAUGUAACUUUUUAUAGGUCUCAAUUUUAACAUCCAGAAUAAACACUUCA